GUAAAAGCAUAAAAUAUAAGAGCGCAUACUUUUUGUUCUUGCGUGUUGCUGAUGUGCAUUAUUUCAUAUGAUGGUAAAUUUUAGCGAAUAUUCGUCGAAAGAAUGUAGCGAUCCAUUUCUUAAUGGACCAGAAGUCAAUCAACGCUGUGAAAAUUUAUUAUCACAUUGCGCCUUGUACUUGACACUGAUGAACACUAUAGUACAGAACUAUACGCGAGUAACUGGCUCAAAUAAACGCAUAACACCAGUGAAAAAAGUGCUAGAUGUUUACGAUUUUAUUGUUGUCGGAGGUGGUAAUGCCGGGGCAGUGGUGGCCGGAAGGUUGAGUGAAAUAAGAAAUCUAAAAAUAUUAUUACUGGAAGCUGGACCCGACGAGCCGAAUGCAGCCCAGAUACCCAGUAAUUAUGCUCAAUAUUUAGGCAGCGAGCUAGACUGGAGAUAUAAAACAAGAAACGAAACGUAUGCUUGCUUGCGGAAUAAAGGUAUCUGUUUGUGGCCUCGCGGGAAGAACCUCGGGGGAACGACUGUUCAUCACGGUAUGGCUUACCAUCGGGGAAACUCAAAAGACUAUGAAAAAUGGGUGGCAAUGGGAUGCACUGGAUGGUCUUGGGAAGAGGUGAAGCCUUAUUUUUUAAAGUCUGAAGAUAAUCGUGAAAUCAAACGAGUGGGAAAACAACACCAUAGUACCGGUGGGCCAUUACCAGUCGAAAGAUUUCCUUGGCAACCUCAAUUCGCGAGGGACAUCUUAGAAGCUGGCAAAGAAAUAGGCUAUGGAGUAACUGAAGAUAUGGUAGGCGAUAAAAUAACUGGAUUUACAAUAGCGCAAACAAUAACUGAUCACGGCGUGCGCAUCAGCAGCGCCAGAUCGUAUCUCAGCCCAAAUAGAAAUAAAAAUAACUUACACAUUGCUUUAAAUGCCUUAGCCACAAAAAUAAUAUUCCAAGAUAAAAAGGCCGUGGGCGUUCAGUUUAUUCAGAACGACAUAAUACAGGAGGUUCAAUUUAGACGAGAGAUCAUAAUUUCUGGUGGCACUGUAAAUUCACCGCAACUUUUAUUAUUAUCGGGAAUUGGAUCGAAAACUGACCUCAAAAAGCUCGAUAUUCCAGUCGUUCAUGAUCUUCCUGGAGUUGGAAGGAAUUUGCACAAUCACGUGUCUUAUGGUUUAGAUUUUACAAUUCAAUACCCGAACAGUUCGGGCAAUAGUUUCUCCCCGACAGAUCAAUAUCUGGCCAAUCAAACUGGACCGCUAUCUUCUACUGGUCUGGCACAAGUGACAGGAAUAUUGGCGUCUGAAUACACCAGUCCAGAUGAUCCGGAUAUACAAAUGUUUUUUGCUGGCUUUGAAGCUAAUUGUGGGUUAAACGACUCAUCUUCCAUGCGACACGUGCAAUUCAUUCCAGUGAAUUUGCAUACCGAAAGCCGAGGUGAAAUAUCUUUAUUGAGUAAGGAUCCUCUGGAACAUCCUUUCAUACACAGUAAUGAUUUGGAAAAUCUACGAGACGUGAAAGUUCUAAUCUCCGGAAUCCGUAUAGCUCUUUCUCUGGCUGAUUCUCCAACGAUGAAGAAACUUGGCUUAACUCUGACGAGCUCCCCCCUAGCCGAAUGCGCCGAUUUUCCAUUUAAGAGCGAUGAAUAUUGGACCUGCGCAAUUCGUCAAGAAACUCGGACGGAAAACCAUCAAGCUGGAUCGUGCAAGAUGGGACCCGCUACGGACGAAAUGUCAGUCGUUGAUCCGCGACUUCGCGUUCACGGUAUCGAGCGCGUCAGAGUCGUCGAUGCUUCAGUUAUGCCGAGGGUGGUAUCCGGUAAUCCAUCAGCCGCUAUAACGAUGAUAGCUGAACGAGCCGUAGAUUUCAUCAAACAGGAUAACAAUCUUUCUUUGAACGCGUGGUGUUGUUGAAUACUGAACUCUUAUAAUGAAUAAAAAUGUGCGCUAUAAUUUUUUACAGUG